UCGUAGUGGAAUAAAGACAACUAAGGAUUGUAUUUCGAAAGUCCCGAAAGAGGGCGUUUCUAGAAUAUCUAAAUAUCUAGAUUUCAGACAUGGUGCUUAAAGGAACAUGCGUAUUUGAGCAUUAUGUGCACCGUUGUUCAAAGUCGACGCCUCAAGUUAGACCUCGGUUCGCCAGAGUCCAAAUUUCUCAACUGCGUUGGAGUGCACCCAAUAUUCAAGAACGGUGAUGUCAGGCCAAGCUUUUUAAGGCGUCUUUUGACCUGCGGCAGAAUCGCUCGCUAGAUACAAUGUCCUUCUCUUUCGGUUUACCAGAUGCUUCGUUAUGGGCUCUUCCAAAGUUCGAUACACAGGUGCCCCCAUCGCCCUUUCAAUGUGAAAAAUUAACCAAGAUCUUCGCAGCCUCAAUGAAGGUUUCCACGCCUUUGACGAUCGCUAUUGUCUACUUCACCUCUGUACAUUUCAUUAAUCCUAUCGUUGUUAGAAGACAGUUGAAGAAAGCAAAUGUUUCUCAGAAAGACGGCGCAAAGUUGACAGAGAAAGAGAUGAAGAGAUUGAAGCCUGCCCCAUAUAAAAUUGCGACUUAUGGUAUGUUCAAGCUCUUUGUUCUCUUGCACAACAUCUUUCUUUGCGCCUACUCGGUCUGGACUUUCGUUGGCAUGCUCAACUCGUUUUCUAGAACCGUCAGUCAGAUUCAAUUAAAGACCAACACUGAUAGCACCUUGGUGAAUUUCGUGCAUGCCGUCUGUGACUUGGAGAACGGGAUUUUCCAGCAAACAACCGAGGACCACAACUUGGCGCUUUUUGGAUGGUGGUUUUACAUUUCCAAGUUCUACGAGGUGAUUGACACGAUAAUCAUUUUGUUGAAAGGCAGACCAUCCAGUCUUUUGCAAAGCUACCACCAUGCCGGUGCCAUGAUGUGCAUGUGGAGUGGUAUUAGAUACCAAAGUCCCCCUAUUUGGAUCUUUGUGGUAUUCAAUUCUUUCAUUCACUCUUUGAUGUACUUUUACUUUACUUUGGCUUGCUUGAAGAUCCGUGUGCCCACAAUUGUGAAGAGAGCAUUGACCUCCAUGCAAAUUUCGCAAUUUGUGCUUGGAGGCUCUUUGGCUGUUUUCCACGCUUUUAUCUGGUACAGUGAUGUCACUGGUCUGGAGCCCAGUGGAUGCAUAAACACUUCAGCUAAGGCUUUACCUUUGUUGAUCAACGUUGCAUACUUGACGCCCUUGACGGCGUUGUUUGCAGCUUUCUACAUCGAGAGUUACAUCAAAAGGAAGACUGCGUAGGCCUGCUUGACCGUGAUUUCUUAAAGAGCCAGACCUCGUGAAAAGGACAGCAUGACAAAAAUAUAGUAUAUAAACUGCCCCGAAAUGUUCUUAGGGCACAAUCAAAAGACUUCAGUUUACCAUUUCGUUCUACGAGUCACAUGACCUCGCAGUCUGUUUAUAAACAUGGCGAUCAUUUCGUCAGCCUUCGCCGGGGGCUUCCAUUAAAGUUCUUUGAAAUUAUGCAAGCGUAACGGGUAUAGCACCAAGACUACGCCUUGGCCAAAUCAUGCAGUCGAAACUCUUCCCUACUAAUAUAUGUUGAUACAUAUAUUUAUUGUACUCAUUUCAGGCAUAAUUGGC